AUGGCGGGCGAAGGUGAGUUUGAGUUAUUCCAAGUCGACUCGCCAUUCAGCCCACGACAUGAAGCUCCAUUCGACAUCCAGGGAAAAACAUUCUACAGUGUUCUACAGUAUUUGAUGUAUCGGAAGGCAGACUUCUUCAAAGACAAGGAACAAGCUAUUGAUAUCAUGGAAACACGUGACCUGAAGAUAAUAGAACGCUGUGGAAAGAAUGUCCACAACGUCGAUGCUCGCAAAUGGAAUAGGGAAAGGAUUAAAUGGGCUGAACUCGCCCUUGAAGAAAAGUUCACACAGAAUCCAGCCCUAAAGAAACAAUUAUUUGCCACAUUCCCGAGGACACUGGCAUAUGCCACUACUGCAGACAGGUUCUGGAGUAUUGGGCUAUCGGCUACAAAUCCCAAAGCUUUGUCCGGGAAGGGCUUCGGUGACUAUAACAUAUAUGGCGAUGUUCUUACUAAAAUCAGGGACAAGCUCAUGAAGAUGGAGAACAGGCCACAGGAGAAAGACCAGAUGCAAGAUAAAAGGGUGGAGGUACAGGCGGGUCGGGAUGAAAGAAGACAGCGGGACGAAGGGAACAGCCAUGGGGUAGAGGGACAGGUUGAUGGGGAUGAGAGAAGGCAGGGUGCUGGAUCGAACAGCCAUGGGGUAAAGGGACAGGCGGGUCGGGAUGAGAGAAAGAAGGCUGAUGGAGGAAAUAUAAGAAGGCGGUUUGGUAGAGGAAACAGCCAUUGGGUAGAGGGACGGGAUGGGGGAAGGGAGAGUGGUGGAGGGAACAGCCAAGCGGGAGGGUGGUGGGGGAACAGCCAUGGGGUAGGGGGACAGGCGGGACGGGAUGGGGGAAGGCAGGGUGGUAUAGAAAACAGCCAUCGGGUUGAGGGACAGGAUAGGGGAAAGGAGGAUGCUGGAGGGAACAGACAUGGGGUAGAGGGACAGGCGGGACGGGAUGGGGGAAGGGAGGGCGAAGAAGGGAACAGCCAUUGGGUAGAGGGACAGGCGGGUCGGGAAGAGAGAUGGCAGGGUGGUGGAGGGAACAGCCAUGUAGAAGGACAGGCGGGUCGGGAAGAGCGAUGGCAGGGUGGUGGAGGGAACAGCCAUGUAGAAGGACAGGCAAGGCGGGACAGAAUGAAUCAGAUUGGGAGAUGGGAGAGCCAAAUUACAGGUCAAUCGAGUCUGGAUUACAAGGUGCAGGGUGGGGAUGCAAAAAAACAAGGGACAGAAGAACACACCUCCGAGGGAAACAAUAGACAGGGCGGGAAAGAGAUGAGCCUAGGGAUGGAAGGGCAUACAAUUCGUGGUAGUGAAAGAAAAGGCGGGAAAAGGAACCGCCAAAAGGCAGAAGGACAUAAAGCUCAAAGUAGCAACAGGCAUGAGAGUUAUGGUGGGGAAGGUGAGAGGAGGCACAAAGGCUUGGAGGAACAUCACGUGACGGGUGAAGAGUACAAAGAAUCAGACAGAAUGUCGGACUGGCAGAAUAUAACCGACGAGAUGCCACUUUGGGAUGAAACAGAACUAACGUCUCGUCCCAAGCGAAAUAUGACAGAUGAGCAAACACAACGCGACCUGAACAAACACGGAUGGAGAAACAUGGGGCCAAGAAACACAAAAGGGUUCUACACAAAAAUGCCUAACCAGGAUAAAUUUGUCCUCUUUUUCGGCAAUGAGUCGCCAUUCAGCCAGCAACAUCCAGCCAAAUUCGUCAUAGACGAUACCGAAUUCAACUGUGCUGAGCAGUACAUGUUGUAUCAGAAGACCGUUAUAUUUAAGAACAAAGAAAUGGAACAGAAGAUCAUGGGGACGUCUGACCCGGUGGAACAGAAUCGUUACGGGCGGCAGAUCCCAGAAUUCAAAUUCGAAGUAUGGAAGAAACACUUCAUAGAUGUGGUUGAGCGGGCAACGGAGGCUAAGUUCACUCAGAAUCCACAUUUGCAGGAACCCCUGUUCGCCACGUACCCCAAGCUCUUGGUGGUGGCGAGUCCAUCAGACCGAUUGUGGGGAAUAGGGCGAAGCCAAAAAGACCCGUUAGCCUGGGAUAAAGAGACAUGGCGGGGCAAAAACCAGCUUGGCUAUAUAAUUACCCGAGUGAGAGAUAGACUGAUGGAGAAGGAGGACACGCACUGGGAGGAAUGGGAGAAGUGGAAAGAUGACAAGAGAUGGGAGGAAAUGGAGGAGGAGGAGAAGAUGAAAAAGAGGAGAUGGGAACAACUGAAUUUGGACAGUGGAAAUACCAAAGAAAGGAAUCCCCAAACCAGACGCGAAUGUGACAGAGUGAGAGAUGAUGGGGUGACACAGAACGAAGAUAGCUCCAUGUACCAAUCCAGACGAGGAUCUUACAAACAUGUGUCCGGGAAAGAAAACUUUGAAUUUUUCGGGGCUAUCAAGUCUCCGUUUGCUGAAGAUGCACAACAAGGUGACCGAUCAUUGGAUGCAACAGACACCAACACUGAUGUUACUACAGAUGUAUCUACGGAUAGCCAGUCCAACACGACACCAUCAAAUACGUUCACGUCGCGGCCUGUUGUGUCGAAGGAAUUAUCCAAACCGACCAAAAGGUCCAGAAAUCAAGCUGAUGAUCCUGUUGGAAGAGCUAUGUUAAAUUAUCUCCAAAAUGAGGAUGCUGUGUCUAACGAGAAACAGGAUCCAGAUGAAGACGAACUGUUCCUAAGAUCACAAGUCCCUGCCCUCAAGAGAUUGCCUCCACGAAAAAAGGCAGAAGUUAAGUUUUUAAUUCAUAAGCUUUUUUACAAGGCCGAGUGUUUCCCUGAUAUGCAACUGAACGUCCAGACUACGCAGAUUGGAUUUCAAAAUCAAACCUAUGCUCCACUUCGCAUGAAUUCCAUGAAUCAAGAUUGAGAUUUUACUGAUUCAUCUCAGAGGUACCAAAAUCUCUGAUUCUGUGACAAUGUGUUGAACGGUUUCAAAACAUGUUUUUUUUGGUUCUUAAUGUUUAUUGGUUCUGUGAAAGAAAAUUUACCUUUUAUUUUACUUACCGCAUCGGUAAAUGCAAAAGAUAUCUUUUUGUGAUAAACGAACCAGAUAGUUCCUGAUUAUUUCUUCUGUAUUGUUAAGGUUGGCAUGUCUCUUUUCUUGUCAAGAAUUACCAGUUUGGAAUAAAGGAGUGUUACUGCAA